UUCAAUCUCUUUCCAUUCAAUGGGUCCGCGUGUAGUGCUGCUCUGCUCUCUGUUCGGAGUUCUUCUUGGCCAAGGAGCAGAGCAGAUCUCCAUAGAGGGCUGCUGUAAAGAUGGCCAGAACCGAGGCAACGAUAACGAAGAUUGUGCGUCCCUCCCUCUCAUCUCUGAGUCAACCACGUGCAGGAUAGUGCAAGAGCAGUGCUGCGUAACAGUGCUUGAGGAUAACAUGUGCACCACUGGUAUCAACAUGGCAAAAGACCAAGGAGCCUGCGAUUCUUUAUUCUCCAACACCUGCGAGACAAAGACUACAAAGAUGUGUUGCGACUGUUGUCUUCUGGGGAAGGCGACCCAGGAGCAGGGCCUAUCCUGUGACCACAACCUGUCGGUGGGCUACCAGUGUGGCCUGGUGUCCCGGGCCUGCUGCCUGCUCCUGGAUGGAGCCCCAGACAACCAGACCAUACCCACACCAAAAACUGAAUUACCGAGCAAGGAUGAAACCAACAAAAAUGAAGAUAAUUUAGUAUUAAGUGAUCCGUGCAAAGGGAAAUGUGCGCAUAACUGUGUGGGCAAUGACACUUGUACCUGUUUCAAAGGCUACAAACUCAAACCAGAUGGAAAGACCUGUGAUGAUAUCAACGAGUGUUUGCUUGGCGCCAGCAACUGUCGGGCAGGAGAGCGAUGCAUCAACACUGAGGGCUCGUUCCGUUGCCAGAGAGAGAUCAGCUGUGGGACUGGCUAUGAACUCACUGACGACAACAAUUGCAAAGAUAUUGAUGAGUGCGAGACCGGCAUCCAUAACUGUGGCCCAGUGUUUGAAUGCCAAAACAGCCAGGGGUCAUUUCGUUGUGUCCCUAAGGUCAAGUGUGGUGCCGGCUUUAUCCAAGAUGCCCUCGGCAGCUGCAUUGAUAUCAACGAAUGUGUUAGCGAGACAGGGCCCAUGCCAACGCAGGGGCAGGUCUGUAUCAACACAGUUGGCUCCUACGUCUGCCAGAGGAACUCCGUUAACUGCGGUCGAGGAUAUCACCUCAACGAAGAGGGCACACGCUGUGUUGAUAUAGAUGAGUGUAAGGGCCCUGAUGGGGUCUGUGCAGGUCAUGGUUGUAUCAACCUGGUAGGCUCCUACCGCUGCGAGUGUGAGGCUGGCUACAUCUUCAACAGCGUCAGUCGGGUCUGUGAGGAUAUUAAUGAAUGCAGGCACUACCCUGGCCGCCUGUGUGCUCAUAAGUGUGAGAACGUUCUGGGAUCCUACAUGUGCACCUGCACCACCGGCUUCAAACUGGCCGUCGAUGGCAGGAAUUGUGACGGAGACAAAUCUCCUUACACAGUAUGGAGACCCAUUCCACUGGACCCUGGAGCAAGAGAUUUGAACGAGUGUGAAACCAACCCUUGCAGUCAAGAGUGCGCCAACGUGUAUGGAUCCUACCAGUGUUACUGUCGCCGUGGCUACCAGCUCAGUGACAUAGAUGGCAUGACCUGCGAAGAUAUAGAUGAGUGUGCCCUGCCCACUGGAGGUCACAUUUGCUCCUAUCGCUGUCACAACACCCCCGGCAGCUUCUUCUGUUCCUGUCCUCUCAGCGGCUACACCUUGUCACCCAAUGGGCGCAGCUGCCAGGAUGUCGAUGAAUGCGUGACGGAAACACACACAUGCUCAGAGAACCAGAGCUGCUUCAAUGUACAGGGAGGAUUCAGAUGUCUGUCCUUCGACUGUCCAAACAACUACCGGCGCGUUGGAGAGACAGUGGCGAGGCUUGAGCGCUCUGAUACCCUCCGCUGUAUAAAGUCCUGUCAACCCAAUGACGUCGCCUGUGUUCUGGACCCCAUGCACUCAGUGUCCCACACCUUCAUCUCAUUGCCCACCUUCAGAGAGUUCACAAAGCCAGAGGAGAUUGUUUUCCUGAGAACCACAGUGCCGGCUUACGGGUCCUAUCACUUAGGCAGUUACGACGUCAAGUUUGACAUCCUGGAGGGCAAUGUGGAGAACGCCUUCGACAUCAUCAAGCGGGUAGAGAAUGGAAUGUAUGUGGGUGUUGUUCGCCAGGUGAAGUCUCUGAUUGGUCCAUUGAGCACAGUACUGAAACUUUCCAUGCGCAACCUGACAACACAGGGCGACUCCGGCCAGAACAUCAUCAACGUUCAUGUCUUCGUCUCUGAGUUCUGGUUCUGAGAAGUGGACGCCAAAUCUUUACCACAUGUAUUAGGACAUCCAUUGUCAACACUGUACACAUUGGUUCUGUUAUAUCAAUGCCUAGAUCAGUGUCAAGGUUUUAAUAUUAUGUUUGAUCAUUUUUUGACAUUUUCUGAGAUGAAAGGCCACUAGCUGCUUGUGAUGAGAGCACUAUACUUUGUUUCGAUGACAAGCUCGGCCUGAAGUGCACUCCUGCGUCGCAUCUGGCAUAACGGAGCUGUAAAAAUGGAGAAACUUUAUGUUAUUAAAAGUCUCUUAAGAAAUGAGAAAUCCAGAACGUUUUUAAAUAGAAAGUGCAUGCAUUUAGAAAGGUCAUUAAUAAAGGAUACCAUGAUUACAUUUAACAAUAUUCUUUUCAUGACAUUAUAAGCCUUUGUUUUUGUAACAUUCACGUCUCCUUUCUCACUGUAUGCAUUGGAUGAGGUAUUUUUUUGUAUGGAAUAAACACUAUUUUAGUUACA